GUGACGCUUCUACGUCCAUGGCUCGGUUUGUCUCCUCCAUGAUGGCGGGAAGCCGGAGCAACUCAGGGCUAUGAAGCCGGCAGACAGAGUGCUGAGGUUGAGACCUCUAAGAUUUUCCUCAGACACUUGCCGUGUGAUGUGAAGGCCUGAUAAUGGCAUACAGUGACAGUAGAGAAAGUUUGGAUAUAGAACGUGGGAUGGAUGAUGUGAGCUUGGCUGCUGGUAGAAGCCAGCGUGAGAAAAAGCGUUCAUAUAAAGACCUACUUCGUGAGGAAGAGGAGAUUGCAGAGCAAGUCCGCAAGUCUUCAAAAAAGAGAUCGAAGGAGACAGACUUAUUGGUUGUGGGGACUGAGUCACAUAAGAAGAAAAAGAAGCAUUCUUCAGAUGAUGCUUAUUACCCAGAAUUAUCUCCAUCAGAUAUGAAGAAGAAAAAGAAACACCUUCCAAGUUCAUCAUCCCCUACCUCAGAUACAGCUAUGGACUUGCUUAAUUCCAUUUCUUCUCCAAUAAUUACUUCAAGCAAAGCAUCCUCCAAGAAAACAGAGAAAACACUGGCAGCACCCUUAAAUUUACAGUCCCCUACACAAAUGCCCCGUAAAGAGCAUAGAAAAAAAGAAGACACAGCUGAGGACCUCUCACACAAAUCUAAAAAACCUAAACCGCUUACGCUUCGUGAACCAGAUGGCUUAAGGAUGAAGCUUAUUAUUUCUCCCACGGAGAAAACAAGUGAACGUGUGUUCCCACCACAAGAGGGUCCAGUUCUUAGUGAUGGCAUAUCUCCCAAGAAGGGCAGCAAGAAGUCCUCCAAGGAAGAAAUGGAGAGGAGCAGCCAUAAGAAACACCGAAAAGAAAGCCAUGCACCCCGGCCAUGUCGAACACCGGAUUCAGCUUCAUCGUCUGAAGGGGAGAUGGAAGCUGGGGAGUUGGUGAUUGAUGAUUCAUUUCGGGAGUUGAAAAAGAAAAAGAAAUCAAAAAAGAGCAAAAAGAAAAAGGAUAAACACAAAGAGGAAAGGCACAAGAAACAUAGUAAAAGCAAGAGAGAGCAUGGGUCGGAGAGCAGCCUAACAUCCAUUCCAACUCCUGUGCUUUCUUCACCACCAGCUUCCAUCCCUGCUGUAUCUCCUCCUCAAACUCCACAGAUACCCCAGUUACCUGCACAGCCACCAGCACCUACACCUAUGGCAUCACCUGUUAGCUCACAUCUUGAGGGCACAUCCGAUAAGAAAAAGAAGAAAGAUGAGACAGAAAAGCCCAAGAAGAAAAAUAUGUCUGCAUAUCAAGUUUUCUCUAAAGAAUACAGAGGCAGCAUUAUAGCAGAACAUCCAGGAAUUGAUUUUGGGGAACUUAGUAAGAAAUUGGCUGAAGUAUGGAAACAACUACCAGAGAAAGACAAACUUGUUUGGAAGCAGAAAGCUCAGUAUCUCCAGCACAAACAGAACAAAGCUGAGGCCACGACUGUGAAACGGAAAUCAAGUCCUUCAGAGUCCUCUUCAAAGACGAAAGGAUCCUCCUCUGGACUGUCAUCGCCACACAAAAAGUCCCCUAGUAGUCUUGUUUCCUUCUCGUCUUCUCCAGCAAAAGUCCCCGAUACUGAGCCCAUUGACGCAGCAGCCCAUCUUCAGCUCUUGGGGGAGUCUUUGAGUUUGAUAGGACACAGACUUCAGGAAACUGAGGGCAUGGUUGCAGUGUCCGGUAGCUUAUCUGUUCUGUUAGAUUCCAUUCUUUGUGCUAUGAGCCCUUUGGUAUGUCUCACUAGCCAAGUUCCUGAGCUAAAUGGCUGCUCAAAGCAAGUUUUGUCCAACACAUUGGAUAACAUUGCCUAUGUGAUGCCUGGCUUGUGACAACCGAAGCGUGAUACCUGCAGUGUUAGGAGCCACGUGUGUGUUAUAUAUGUACAUGCUGUAUUAUAUGGACAAUGUCUAAACUAUUUUAUAUCCCUUCAUAGUUUUAUUGUGAUUUUUAAAGGAAAUGGCAGUGUUUAGAGAGAAUAGACUCACUGAAUAUGCUUUGCAGUAAUCAUCAUUUUACUACAGGAUGGGUGGUUGGACUGCACAGCACUUUGCUUUUAAGAUUAAGCACAAAAACAUGCUCCCCUGCACUAUACGGUUGGUACAUGAUCUUGUUCUAGAUUGUAAGGCAUUGGUUAGCCAGUACAGUUCUGCUGCACUUCUCAUAUAAAGCAUGCAGUAUCUGCAAUAAAACAGCGCUGUGAGAACAAUAACUUAAAAGGGAGUCUGUCACCUCUUUCAAGUGCAACUAAGUGCAGUACUAGAUGAUUAGUACUACUGCAGGUGACCCCAGAUGAUGCUCCCCUGUUUUACCAUUGUGCCACUGAAAAGCGCUGCUGGAAUACAUUGACAGAACUUCUGUGCUUGUGCUCGGAAAAUUCUCUCCCGUAUGAAUGUGAGCUCAGGAUUACGAGUUCUGGGACCUUUACUGACUGCUAGCUUGGGGAGUCCAUAUCUUAUUACUACGAGAACUGCUGUCACUUCAGUUUUUCUGUAACUCCCAUAGAGUAGUAAGGAACAGCAACAUGCAUGCUAAACCUCUACUACAAGCAAAUUGCUCUCCAUUGUAUGGAUGAAGGAGGGGCCCAGGGACUGAUAUCCCACUUUGUUGUGCACAGUGUGGAUCCCAAUGGUUAACAACCGCCCCCUGUGGUGCAAUUAAGGCUGUAUUACACUGACCAAUAUUUUGGCUGAUAAUUGCCAACGAGUUUGCUUGCCCGCUCGUUAGUGAUAAUCUUGCAGUGUAAUACUGUCGCCUCUCGUUCAUCAGCCAAUUCUGAUUUUUAAGCAUGCAGAUUGUGCUGUCUAAUAGCGAGCUGCCGCUGGCAAACCACUACACAGUAUGGAGACGAGCGAUGGCAUAGCGAUCGCUCCUCCCCAUGACGCAGAGGAAGUCGCUGCAUGUAAUGGCAGCGUUCUCUUCCACUAGCUAGCAAGCGAUUGCUGGGAGUGCACGAUUCCCUCCCGACAGUUGCCUGCUGAAUUGCCUGUCUAAUACAUGCUUUAGUUCACGUCAGCGUUUGUUCAGUGAUUGUGAAUCAAUCCAGGUGGAGGUCAAAAACACAGAACAGGAGCAGGUCGUUCCAUUACACCUGAUCUCUGUGUAGGCUCUGCUCCUGGUUCUGAAUUACAAUCACUGAUGGAAAAAACAGACAAAAACACUGAAGUGAGCUAGGCCGACAUGUUCAUACUAGAAGUGGAGCUAAACACGAAGGGGGAGAUUUAUCAGACUGGUGUAGAGUAGAACUGACUUAGUUGCCCAUAGCAACCAAUCAGAUUCCGCCUUUCAUUUUCCAAAGGAGCUGUGAAAAAAAAAAUUGAUGGGAUCUGAUUGGUUUCUAUGGACAACUAAGCCAGUUCUACUUUACACCAGUUUGAUAAAUCUCCCCUGACUAUUUAAAUGCUCUAAGUUCUAUGUAUAGCAGCUGCAUAUAGAACAUAUUGAAUAUAUACAGUAGAUAUAAAAAGUCUACACACCCCUGUUAAAAUGUCAGGUUUCUGUGAUGUAAAAAAAUAACUCAAU